AUAUUCAUGUUCUGCCUCGAUGAGGUAUAAUAAGUUAUUGCAUGCCUUUGCAAAUGGAUACCCCACAUCUAGAAAAUGUAUAUGUAACGGAAGAGGAGGUCAUCAAUUCUCAUUCAAGGAGGUCCGGCGUCAGCUUUGCCGCUGAGAAAAGACAGCGAAUAUAUGGUUGUGGGUUAAUUCAGGAACUCGGCAUAUUCUUAAGACUUCCCCAAAUUGCCAUAGCUACGGGUCAGACGCUAUUUCACCGAUUUUACUUUGUCCAAAGUAUUACGAAUUACUGCGUUGAGAAUAUGGCCAUGGUUUGUAUAUUUUUAGCAAGUAAGCUAGAGGAAUGCGUGCGCAAUCCAAGAGCCGUUAUUUCUGUAUUCUACACUUUGAAAAAGCGCCGAGAGAUGACGAAAAAAAACCAGACAGGUGAUAUUCAGCCAAUAGACAUUGGAUCGAGUUUAUUUUACGAAAUAAAACGAAAUUUGUUGGACGGAGAAAAAACGCUACUACAAAGUCUCGGCUUCUAUACCUACGUCGAACAUCCGCAUAAGUUCUUGAUAAACUAUUUUAAAAUCCUUCUUUUAGAAAAGGAGUCUAUGCUUGUCCAGACAGCUUGGAAUUAUACAAACGAUAGUGCACGUACAAUUGCCUGUGUGAGGUUUCGACCGGAAGCGAUAGCUUCUGCAUGUAUUUAUAUGGCUGCUCGGAUGCUUCAAGUACCUCUUCCAGAGGAACCCCAUCCAUGGUGGGCGUUGUUUGACACAACCCUUGAAGAGAUGGACCAGGUUUGCCAAAUGAUUACGGAAUUAUAUACGAUUUCGCCUACAUAAAUGUAACUUUUGCACAUUUUGGGUUUUCCGGCGUACAAGAAGCAUGCAAGAGCUUUUUUUAUGGGGUUGUCGACACAAACUCAGCAAAGUCGGCCGAAAGUACUCCUAUGAAUUCCUAAAAUAUUUCAGACCCUCUUUUUCACCUCUAAAAAAAAACUUUGCUUCUUCAUACCGGCUUGCGGGGCUCAGCGAAUUCUAAUCGACAAGGAAUGCCUCUGUUAUAUUUGGUAAACAGAGAAUAUUAGAACGACUUAAUGAGAGUGUAUCCAUUUAUGCCAGAUACACUGCAUCCGCAAAAUUAAUUUAGGCCAUGUUGAGCCCAGACCAGAAGUUUUUGCACCUUCCGAGUGAUUGACGCGAUGCGACUCUGCGUUCGUUGCUGAACUUGAACAUAAUAAUUGACUUUAUUUUGCAGUGAUAUUGGUCUUCGUGUUGAAAAAGUAGAAAUGUACUACUGUGAAUCGAUCACCGCCAAGUAAAGGGUUGUUUUACAGUCUCUAUCAUCUGAAGGUAGAUGAAAUGACAGCGGCAACGAGAAUGACGGUGUGCUCACAGCUAAAUUUGCUUCUUGUAGUUUAUGUCCCAGUGUUCAAUGCCUUUCAAGGAAUUUGCACUUUUUAAGGAACUCUAACUUCAGUUAGAGUAGAGCUUCAUCAGAAGAAGUUCAAAAAAUAUCUCAACAGCAUGGUUGAAUUUCUGUUACUCCGAUUAUCUACUGUUUUGCUUCAUAUUUUUUUUUUUGAAAAAGUUAGGAGAGUGUACGAGUUUAAAAAAAAUGAUCCGAAGAUCCAAAAAUGUAGAGACAAAUGGCGAAAUCCUGAUUUCUAUUAAAGGAAUACGUGCGUACACCGGCGAUCAAUUGAAUUUCCCUAGAAACAGAAUCGACAUUCUUACAUCUAUUGGUGUAUGGCGGUUUUUUUAGCAGCAUGCCUCCCCAGGAGAUAUUCUAGACCGGCAUUUGACACAAGGAUUAAGGACGGCCAUCGCUUCUGAAAUGCCUCACCUUAUCAGAUUGUCAAAAUCAGUCGAAUGGUAACAGCCCUUAUUUGGUGUUUGAGUUUUGUAAAGUCAGAACUCGUGACAUGGCACGCGCCUCUCUUAAUAGUUUUUGAAAUCUAGAAUUUAGUGUAACUCCACACAGCCUGGAUCUCUCCUUUGACUCGUUCAUAGAGGUCCUCAUAAGAAGAGUCUUUUUUUGGUUCAUUGACGAAUAUGCAUGAGGUGGGUCUUUUUGCGCAGCUGAUAAUACCUAAAUCUUCUUUGCUACGAGUAUAGGGUAGAAGGAAAAAAAAAGAUCAGUUAGAUACAGGUUUUUUGAAGCUCAUGGUUUCUUUACAAUACGAUGUUGUCCAAUGUAAAGGGAGCAAAAACGGUACCUCGGUACAUAAAUGUAGCUCACUUUUUUUUCUUCACAGAGUAUAGGUAAAUGAGCUAUAACGUCUAUAGGAUAGAUGUCCCCGGCAAGUAUACAUAUUCUGAAACAGAUGAGAUGUUAGCAUGCAUGCUUACCGGGCAUGACACAAAAAGACGAAUACUCUAGAUUUCGUAUUCGAACAUAGUUUUGAAAAUUCUCCCGUACCCAAUAGAUCCUUUUUUCAAAGACUUCGAAACCUCUUUAAUCCCACGUGUCGUACCAGCAUGGCGCGACGCUUGAAAUGAGAAUUAGCUUUACAGCGGCUUGUGAUUUUGUUUUCUCAUGUAUCUUCCCCUCCCUCGAUCGACAGAUAUGGGUUUUUUUUUUACAGAAAAAGCAACCUUCUUGCAUUCGUUCUCAUCAAGAAGCAUAGCCUUCUAUACUGUCCAUUAACAAGUGUGGUGAAUGCAAUGGGUACCUUUUUUAACGAGUUUAUAAAUGUGUCUUGUCUCUUUUCGACUGGCCAAAGGUUUUGCGAUUGGAGAUAGGUGAAUAAGCGCUGCCUCAUAUUUAUGAGCUAGUUUAGAUGACUUUUCGAGACUGCCUCCAUUUGAGUAUGUAACAUCGCGUCCGAAGUGAUGUCUACGUUGGCGGAUAAGUUUUUGAAGGAUUUUGAGAUUUCCGACCAUGACAGAGAUGAAGAGUUCAAUGAGUGCGAUGACUUCAAGCAAGACGCAUCUGAAGAUGCGAUGGAAACUCAGUUGGCGAAUGCUUUUAAGAAAAGAAAGAAUACAGCAUUACAAGAGGAGUCGGAGUUUGAAAUGCUGUUGAAGCACAGCAACAUCGAUGAGAUUGUUUCCGUUGCAAAGAGUGAGGAGCUACGCUUGUAUUUAGCUGAUAUCGAAAAUUUUUUAGAACGCGAGAGAAACAAGGAGUUGUCUACGAAGCUGGUAGCAAUAGAAGAAGAUCCUGAAUAUGAAGUUAUUGUAAAGGGAAAUGAAAUGGUUAGUCGACUUAUAUCUGAUAUUCAACUAGUUCAUCGAUAUUUAAGGGACAUUUAUACACAUCGUUGGCCUGAGCUGGAGCAACUGGUACCUAACGCAUUAGACUAUGCGAGAUGCAUUAAACAAAUUGGAAAUGAUUUAAUGUUAGCUCGAGCCGAGUUGACAAAUAUUUUACCGUCUGCCAGCAUUAUUUCUCUUUCUGUGGCGGCUACAACAACCUCUGGAAAGCCCCUUACCGAGGAGGAUCUCCAACGAGCUUUUGAGGCCGCGGAUCUCAUUCUUUCUAUAGACUCCACUCAGAGACGCAUUAUUCAAUACAUAGAGUCUCGAAUGAAAUUUUUCGCUCCCAAUUUAUCUGUUUUAGUAGGCAGCGAAAUUGCCGCCAAGUUGAUCGGAAUUGCCGGAGGCAUUUCUGCCUUAGCCAGAAUGGUAUCCGGGAGUAUCCAGGCUCUGGGAAUUGCCAAGAAAGGUUCUGUGAACGGUAUGUCUACAGCGACUACAAUUACACAUUUUGGUUAUUUGAUUGAGGCCGACUUGGUCAAGAACAGUCCUCCUAGUAUUCAAUCUAGAGUGUGUCGGUUGUUGUCUGGAAAGACGGCGUUGGUCGCUCGGGUUGAUUCCUUUCGUACUAGUCCAAACGGUGAAAUUGGUCUCAAGUUGCGCGAGGAAAUUGAACACAAAAUCGAAAAAUGGCAAGAACCUCCGCCACCUAAGAAGGAGAAAGCGCUGGCACUGCCAGACAUGAAGCCUCGGUCUCGUCGGGGUGGUCGCCGCGCCAGGAAGCUGAAGCAAAACUAUGCAAUUACUGAACUUCGAAAGCGCGCUAACCGCCUGAGUUUUGGUAAAAUCCAAGAGGAUAUCGGAAAUGAGGUAGGCAACGAUUUGGGCAUGCUGGCCCAAGAAUCUGGUAGCGGUUUGAUUCGCGUAAGUGCCAACUAUGACGAUAAAGGGUUUCGUGUCAAAUCAGUUAAGCAAUCCAAAAAAAUGCCACCAACUGCUCAAAGUGCUGAUGUGGUUUCUGGCGCCCCCAAAACUUGCGGUUUGGCUACCAGUAUUUAUGCCAACCAGCCAUUGGGUCCCUCGAAUGCGCUGCAGCUCAAAAUAGUGAAUUUGAAAAAACAGCACGAAGGAUAUUUUUCUUCUAUUGGCGGUUUUACCAGCGUAAUUAAGAAGAGCUGACGCUUCCGACACUUACUUUUUGGUUGUCUUAGUCGUUGUGUUGCAAACCACGCUUCUUUUGUGCUAAUGACGAAAAUUUUAAAGAGACGGUGCGGUUGUAGAGGUGAAUUCUCUACGAGUUUGGUGGAGUGGCAUUUCCUUUGAAGAGUUUCACAUGAUUCUCUCACCAAGUAUGUAUCUGUUGAAGAAACGAUCCUGCUAAACGCGACAUGAGGCUUCGAAAGCAAAGACCUUUUACAACCACGCGGUGAUGGCGUUUUCAGCUUCUUAAAAAUCGCAUUCUGUUCUGGACAGGUCUUUUGCACUGCUGGGAGAUACACACUUUUUAUUGUAUAUACCCUUCGGGCAUGACGGCUUCAAGUCAUACCUUCUUGGGUCAAUAUCUAGCAGCGGCUGUGUUGGCGUUUCAGCAUGUAUGCUAGAUAAGUUAGAGUCAAAUGUCCGCGAACAAUUGUGUUCGGUGACGACCUCCUAGCUAGACAUCAAGCUCAAAAACUCUUGAAAAAGCCUCGCCAGUGUGACCACCCUUAUCUUACCCAUGUGCAACCAAGCAUCGUUGUAUUUUGUAAUUGUAAACACCGGCGAGAACAGUUGCGCUGUCGUCAGCCUAAAGAAAACGAAGAGCACACCUCGUAUUUACGUACAGAAUCUCAGUAAAAGUUUGCAUUCUGUAUCUGUCUUAGGAAAAAUUGUACCAUUCUCUAUGUGAGCAAUCAGCAGGGUGGGCAGAAUGUAAUGCGUCUAAUAUUUUUGCCCACGGAAGGAGGAUAUAUUCGCUCUGUGCCCCAAAAAAAGCAUUGCUUCUAAGUGAUCUGCCUACGCAUGUGUUAUCUACUGUGCACAAUUAAAAUACCUUGAACGGGGGUUGUGAUCUAGGUAAUAAGUUUAUGCGAGGCAUUUGCUCAAUUUUUUUUAUUGGCAUAAGUCAGCUGCUGAAAAGGUGGCAUAGAUAGCUUCCAUUUUCGAGCGCGCAUCAUAUACCGCAUGACCUUUCUGCUUUAAUCAAAUACUGAUUCCUGAUGGGGAGUAAGAGUCAAAUAUGCGUGGCGAUGAACAUGGCUCUUCUCAGCACAUUCUACAAAUAGUUCAGGGUAGUAGGUGGUACAAUAUACCUGAAGUAUGACCGUACACCUGUAUCGGGGCAAAUUAUAUUGGCUGUUUCUCUAUUCUAGAGGCAUCGAAAGAUUCGCAUUAAGGAACAUGAAAACAGCUAACUACGCAAUCCGUGCGAACUGAAAUAAUUCUCUCCUUUGUGUGAUUGAAGUAAUUUGCCAUCUCUCUCUUCCUUCUCUAUAGAGGCAAGAUAUAUUCUAUUAAUAGAAGUGAAGGAUGUUUAUAUGCAUCGGAGGCGCCCUCAUUUGUAAAAUAUGCGUUUAUGUUGCUGACCUCGUACACCCGAAAAAAACACAAAACUUGGAUUUGUCUUUAACGAAUUUGACCGUUUUCCUCUC